GGGUUGCGUCUGCGGGCGAGAACGGAGAAGCCGAACCCAGCAAUCGGCUCCUUUGGUCGCCUGCUCUGGUCACCGCUCGGCUCCGUUCACCCUGCGGAAGCGCUUGAGCGCUUGAAGCGAGCGCUGCGGCCGCCGUUGCGUUUUUGAAGUUGGAUGUUAUUUAGGGUAAUCAUGAUGGCGCAAAGGAUAUAUAGAAUACGUUUGCUGUUCUGCUUUCUGGCUGCAUUCUUCAUCUCUGCCCUAGCUGAGGAACAUGUAGGAGAGAGUCAACAUGCAAAUAUUCGCCUUGAUAAGAACUUGGUACAAGAUAAAGACCACAUCAUGGAACAUUUGGAAGGUGUUAUUGAGAAACCAGAAUCUGAGAUGUCUCCACAAGAGUUGCAGCUUCAUUAUUUCAAAAUGCAUGAUUAUGAUGGCAAUAAUUUGUUAGAUGGGUUAGAGCUUGCUACUGCUAUAUCUCACGUCCACAAAGAGGAAGGUGGUGAUCAUACCCAGGCAAUGAAAGAAGAGGAACUGAUCAGUCUAAUAGAUGAUGUCUUAAGAGAUGAUGAUAAGAACAACGACGGAUACAUUGACUAUGCAGAAUUUGCAAAAUCACUGGAAUAAGGUUUUGCAGGGGGCUUGUUUCUCCUUCUAACUACAUGGAAAUGUGAACCAGUAUAAUGUGAUUCAUUACUGUCUCAUAUCAACCUGUGUGCUGUGAGAAGGAGAGGUUUACUAGCUCCAGCUGAAUUUAUUUGAAAGUUGUAUGUGUUAAGAGACUGGCUGACUCGGGGAGAGAGCCAUGUUUGAAUAAACGUAGCUACAUGUUUGAAUGUUAAAGCUUGGAAGCGUCAGCAGUAUUCACAUAGGGUACAGCUGGCAAACUUAAGUAGCUGUGUAUGAAUGAAUACUAAACAGAUCAUAGACAAUCUAAAUUACAGAUUUCUGUCAUUGGGUUACAUAGUACUUGUUUGCUUACAUCUUCUAUUUAAAUUUU